AUGAACACAGAGAAGUUUCGUUUCUACAUUAAAGUGCGUACUGCACUAAAUAUUGAAGCAAGAACUAUUCACGACAAGCUGCAUACAGUUUUUGGUGAUGAAGCUCCUUCUUAUCGAACAGUUGCUAGAUGGACUCAAUGGUUUCGUGAAGGUCGAAAAGAAAUUGAAGAUGAAGAACGAUCUGGAAGACCUGUAACUGAGACUAUUCUUGACAAUAUCGAAGAAAUUCGUAGUAUUGUUAACGAUGAUCUUCAUAUGACAAUAGCAGAAUUACAGGAGCAUACUGGUCUAAGCUAUGGCACCGUUCAUCGAAUAUUAUCAGAUCAUCUGGAACUUAGAAAAAUGAUUGCUCGUUUCAUACCCAAACAGCUAACGGAUUAUCAACGAAAUGAACGAGUUCGAAUAUGCAAAGAAAGUCUAUCAAGAUUUACAGAAGGAGGAUGGCGUUUGUGUCUGACGUGA